AUGUGUUGUUCAUAUUCACCACGCUGUGAACAAGAACAACAAAAGAAUCACAUGAAUUCGCCGUCUACGGUGACUUCAAUAUCCGAAACCCUAGCCGCUUCUCAAACGGAUACUUCGUCGCAAGCUUCCGUUCAAUCCUCUCCUUUGAAACCUUUAACAGAGGAGAGGAUUAAUGGAGGUGAUCAUCCUGAGGCGUUGGAUUUCGAUGAGUGUCAUCCAAGUAUUUCAUUGGUGAGUUCAAUAUCCGAAACCCUAGACGCUGCUCAAAUGGACACUUCCUUGCUUGCUUCCAUUCAAUCCUCUCCUCUGAAACCGUUAAUAGAGGAGAGGAUUAACGAAGGUGAUCAACUGGAGGCGUUGGAUCUCGAUGAUUGUCGUCCAAGUAUUUCCUCGCGGGUUUUACCCGUGCAGCCGGAAGGAUGGAUACCGGCUGGACUCGCCAACCUUGGUAACACAUGCUUUCUCAAUUCGAUCAUGCAAUGCUUCACUCAUACAGUGCCUCUAGUCGAAGGUCUUUUUUCGUGCAGCCAUGCUUGUAAUGAUGGUCACAAUGGAUAUUGUGUUAUCUGCGCUUUCCGCUACCAGAUGCAACGUUCCUUGCGUUAUACUGGAAGAGUUAUCUCCCCUAUGAUCAUUGUGGAAAAUUUGAAUCACUUUUCUUCGAUGUUUCGAAGAUAUCGGCAAGAGGAUGCACAUGAGUUUAUGCAAUGUGUAUUGGAUAAACUUGAUUCAUGUUUUUUAGAAUUGAAGAAAAACGAUCCAAAAUUUGAGGGCGAUAAUAUUGUAAAGAAAGUUUUUGGAGGCAGUUUGGUUAGCAGGCUUCGGUGUUGUAACUGUGGUCGAUCUUCCGACACUAAUGAGCCAUCGAUUGAUUUGAGUCUAGAAAUAGAAAAUGCAGAUACUCUUUCAAGUGCUUUAGAUUCUUUCACAACGGUAGAAGAUAUUGAUGCAAAGUUUAAAUGUGAGGGCUGCAAUGAAGAAGUUUCUAUGGAGAAACAGCUUAUGUUAGAUCAGACACCUUCAAUUGCUGCGUUCCAUUUAAAGAGGUUUAAGACAUAUGGGAUUUUUGUUGAAAAGAUUGACAAGCAUAUCAAUUUCCCGUUGGAGUUGGACAUGCAGCCUUACACCAUAUCGAAUGAUGCAUCGUCCAAAUAUGAUCUGUAUGCAGUAGUUGUGCAUACUGGAUUUUCAUCUACUUCAGGGCAUUAUUUUAGCUUCGUUCGCACUGCUCCGGAUACAUGGCAUAAGUUAGAUGAUUCAAUGGUUACUAUGGUAUCUGAAGAGACUGUGCUGUCUCAGGAAGCAUACAUAUUGUUUUAUGCCCGACAAGGUACUCACUGGUUUUCAAAUUUUGCGGAAUCUACAAUUCUGAGUCUGAUGAAUACGUCUCCCAAGUCUGUUUUAGACAUCACUUAUUGCCAUGAUAAAUCAUUUUCUAUUGUGAAUGAAAAUAUUAAAAGGAGCAGGAUUGGUGAAUCCAGAGAAUUUUCUGAGAAGAAGUUUGAGUAUUCUUCUCCACAAAGCCGCAAGUUUCCUGAUACUUUUCCUCGUCGUGAACAAUUUCCUUUCGGGUCAUCAAAUCAGAAAAUCCGAGUGCGGCAUUGGGAGUCUACCAGCUUGGCUUAUAUUUCAAAGCUUGGUGGAAGUUCAUAUGCUAAGAAUGUUGCUUCUGAUAGCAACAAACGCAGUUUAGAAGUUUAUGAUUUCACAGAGAACGACGAUUUCAAUCCUGUAACUCCUUCCAAGUCUCCCCCUUCUCAGACUCCGGAUAAGGUUUUUCAGAUUUCACGCGAUCAUUUGAAGACCAAGAAGCAAGGGAGUAGUAGUAGUAAAAGAUCUUCAUCAUAUCAGUCAAAUGGCAAUCAUGAAAAUAAAGCUGCCAUUGCGUGUAUUAAGAAUAUGCAUAGUUCAAGGAGAGAUGCAUUUUUGAACAUAAUUGGUGAUUCCCAGAAAAAUAAGAGAAAAAAGAUCGAUUCAUCGCAGUCUGACAAAGGCCGCAACAGUGCUCCCAAGAAAUCAAGAUGGAAUUUUACUUUUUAG